GUCAGCUAACAGCCAGCAGUCGCUAUCUGCCACCAGGCACCAGCACCCACUGCCCUACAUUGAUUGACUCAGGGACCAGCACGGCUGCCAGCAUGCGGGAUGAAGACAGACUCCAGAUCCCACUGAUGGACAUGGGUGCUUGUGAGGCUGAGGCCUCUGAGCAGUGGGACUUUGUCCUGGUGGCUGAUCGUCAGACCCAGAAAAGCCUGAAGCAGGUGCAGCGACAAGACCAAUUCCUAUGGCAGCUCAGGAGCAAGGGUUUCUACUUCAAGAAAAUAGAGGACCAGAAACAGGUGUUCUUUGGGAUCCGAGCUGACAACAGGAUCUUUGACCUGUAUCGUACUCUCCUCAUGGAGUCCGACGGUCCUGGCCCGGGAGUUGAGCCAGCCAGACUAACCACCACCAUCCCAGUCACCACGAGAAUCCGAAUUGUGAACUUUAUUCUGAACAGCAAGAUGGAAACCGGUGACACCUUUGAGGAUCUGGUGAAGGAUGGGGUCUUUGAGACUAAGUUCCCUCUGCACAAGGGGGAAGAACACUUGAAGAAGCGAUGGGCCCAGUGGAGAAACAUGGUCCAGGAGCAGCCAAUUGAUGAGAUCAGGAACUACUUUGGUGAGAAGGUGGCGCUGUACUUCGCCUGGCUUGGCUGGUACACCUACAUGCUGGUGCCUGCUGCCCUGGUGGGCCUCAUCGUCUUUCUGAGUGGGUUUGCCCUGUUUAAUGCCAGCCAGAUCAGCAAAGAGAUCUGCGAGGCCAACAAUAUCUUCAUGUGUCCUGUCGGAGACCACGGCCGCAGAUACCAUCGGCUCUCAGAGCUGUGCACCUUUGCAAAGCUCACUCACCUCUUUGACAACGAGGGCACCGUGCUGUUUGCCAUUUUCAUGGCUCUGUGGGCCACGGUGUUCCUGGAGAUCUGGAAGCGGCAGCGUGCGCGCGUGGUCCUUCACUGGGACCUGUAUGGGUGGGACGAAGACCAGGAGGAGAUGGCCCUUGGGCUCAUCAACUGCCCCGACUACAAGCUGCGGCCUUACCAGCAUUCCUACCUGCGCAGCACCGUCAUCCUAGUCCUGUCUCUGUUCAUGAUCUGCCUCAUGAUCGGCAUGGCCCACGUGUUGGUGGUCUACCGUGUGCUGGCCGCUGCUCUCUUCAGCAGCUUCCUGGAGCAGCAGGUGACCACAGCUGUGGUGGUGACCGGUGCCCUGGUGCACUAUGUGAUCAUCGUCAUCAUGACCAAGGUCAACAAGUGGGUGGCUUUGAAGCUUUGUGACUUCGAGAAGCCCAGGACCUUCUCAGAGCGAGAGAGCAAGUUCACCGUCAAGUUUUUCACCCUGCAAUUCUUCGCCCAUUUCUCCUCUCUAAUCUACAUCGCCUUCAUCCUGGGCAGGAUCAAUGGUCAUCCUGGGAAGUCCACGCGCCUGGCCGGUCUGUGGAAGCUAGAGGAGUGCCAUCUGAGCGGCUGCAUGAUGGACCUGUUCGUCCAGAUGGCCAUCAUCAUGGGUCUGAAGCAAACCCUGAGCAACUGCGUGGAGUACCUAAAACCGUGGUUGGCCUACAAAUGCCGCUUGAUGCCGGCCUGUGGGUAUGGCCACAAGUCCCAAGACCCUGAGCUGCGGGAGUGGCGGCAAAACUACCUCAUGAACCCUGUCACCACCUUCAGCCUCUUUGACGAGUUUAUGGAGAUGAUGAUCCAGUAUGGCUUCACCACCAUCUUUGUGGCUGCCUUCCCACUGGCACCACUGCUGGCACUCUUCAGCAACCUUGUGGAGAUCCGCCUCGAUGCCAUCAAGAUGGUCCGGCUGCAGCGGCGCCUGGUGCCUCGCAAGGCCAAGGACAUUGGGAUCUGGCUACAGGUGCUGGAGACCAUUGGAGUGCUGGCAGUCAUUGCCAAUGGGAUGGUCAUUGCCUUCACCUCUGAGUUCAUCCCCAGAGUGGUCUACAAGUACCGCUACGGCCCGUGCCGACAGCCCAACUCCACAGAUGAUUGCCUCAAAGGUUACAUCAACCACAGCCUCUCUGUCUUCUACACCAAGGACUUCCAGGACCCUGUCACGAUAGAGGGCUCAGAAAACGUGACUGAGUGCAGGUAUCGGGACUACAGAAAUGCCCAUGACUACAACUUCUCUGAGCAGUUCUGGUUCAUCCUAGCUAUCCGCCUGGCUUUCGUCAUUCUCUUUGAGCAUGUCGCCUUAUGCAUCAAGCUCAUUGCUGCAUGGUUCGUGCCUGACGUUCCCCAGUCAGUAAAGAACAACGUUCUGGACAAGAAGUACCGGAUUCUGCGGGACAAGAUGUGCUUUAGUUCCAAGAGCACAGAUGUGUAGACAUCCUGGAGCAGGCGGCGGAGCGCUGCCUGCCGAAAGCCUGGACUAGGAGUCUCCACCUCCACGGCCCGCCCCUGCCCACAGCUGUGCGCGCGCAUGUGAUGCGGGGCCUGUAAAAAGGUCCAUGUGAGGCCCUGGGAGGACUAUGUAUAUGUGGGUGAACGGAAGGGUGUUGUAGAAGGCCCCUGCAUAUAAGUGGGUAUCCUAGGAAACCCAUGUAUACUCAGGGGUCCUGGAAGACCCUUGCGUAUGCACGGGGUGAAAGGCGUUCCAUGUAUACUUAGGGCGUCUGUGAGCAGUACAGGUGUGUCUGCGGGGCCUGCUGCAUCUCACUUAGGGCUCAGGCUUGGCACAACCAUGAUUUGAAUCCUUAAGGGACCGUGGCGCCCACAGAACUGGGGAGUCUGAGCUUCUCAUGCAACCCCAGUGCAGGAAAAUUGGCCCAAGUUCCCUGGAUUUC